CAGUAUGACAUGCAGAUGAGUGCCGUCGAUCUUAGAAUCACCGCACACUUCACUCAUUUGGGCAGUCACGGGGCCAAAACCAGAGUGUGGAGCCACAGUGUGGCGGUGGAGGCAGCAGCAUGGGAGGCCAUACAGUACCCUAUGACAAAAUGGAAACCACCAGCAGUGUGAGGAGACCUGAAAGUGGCACAUGGCAGAGUGUGGCGAUGGAGACAGCAGCAAUGGGAGGCCGUACAGUGACCCAGACACACUCUGGAACUGGCAGCAGCAUGAAGGAGGCGGUACAGGGGCCCCAUUACAGCUAACGGGCCUGGCAGCAGCAUGAGGAGAGCCGUAAUCUGCCAGCACCCUAAUACAAAAAAUGGAACCCACCAGCAGUGUGAGGGCCCGAAAGUGGCACAU